UUCCGUUAAUGUUUUUUCACGUUCGCGCCAUUGAAGUGGUUGAAUCGCAGCGCUUAGGAGAUGGCGGUGGCGGAGAAGAUCAAGAUAGGCGUUUGCGUUAUGGAAAAGAAGGUUUUCUCCGCGCCUAUGGGCCAGAUUUUUGACAGGUUACAAGCGUUUGGUGAAUUCGAGGUAAUACAUUUCGGCGACAAGGUGAUUCUUGAAGAACCGAUAGAGAGCUGGCCAGUAUGUGAUUGUUUGAUUGCUUUCUAUUCCUCGGGAUAUCCCCUUGAAAAGGCUGAGGCAUAUGCUGCUUUAAGGAAACCUUUUUUAGUAAAUGAACUGGAGCCCCAACACCUACUUCAUGACCGAAGGAAAGUAUAUGAGCAUCUUGAAAUGUUUGGAAUCCCUGUUCCAAGAUAUGCCCUUGUAAUUCGGGAAGUCCCGCACCAAGAACUGGAUUACUUUAUUGAGGAAGAAGAUUUUGUUGAGGUUAAUGGCAUGCGUUUCUGUAAGCCAUUUGUGGAGAAGCCUGUUGAUGCUGAUAACCACAGUAUAAUGAUAUAUUAUCCCAGUUCAGCAGGUGGAGGUAUGAAGGAAUUAUUUAGGAAGGUUGGCAAUAGAUCCAGUGAGUUCCACCCAGAAGUGAGAAGAGUGAGGCGUGAAGGUUCCUAUAUUUAUGAGGAAUUUAUGCCAACUGGAGGAACAGAUGUUAAGGUGUAUACAGUAGGUCCUGAAUAUGCUCAUGCUGAGGCAAGAAAGUCUCCUGUUGUUGAUGGUGUUGUUAUGAGAAAUCCUGAUGGGAAGGAAGUUAGGUAUCCAGUGUUACUGACUCCGUGUGAGAAAGAAAUGGCAAGAAAGGUUUGCAUGGCAUUCAGGCAAGCGGUUUGUGGAUUUGAUCUUUUGAGAAGUGAAGGACGCUCGUAUGUUUGUGAUGUGAAUGGAUGGAGCUUUGUUAAAAAUUCACACAAGUAUUAUGAUGAUGCUGCCUGUGUUCUGCGGAAGAUGUUGUUGGAUGCAAAAGCACCUCAUCUUUCUUCAGUGAUUCCACCAACUUUACCAUGGAAAGUAAAUGAACUAGUCCAACCUUCUGAGCCACUAACUCGUCAGGGUAGUGGUAUUAGUGGCACUUCUGGACAAUCUGAGGAACUACGAUGUGUAAUUGCUGUUAUUCGUCAUGGUGAUAGAACUCCUAAACAGAAGGUGAAGUUAAAGGUUACCGAGGAAAAGCUGCUGAACUUAAUGUUAAAAUACAAUGGUGGCCGACCUAGAUCUGAGACAAAACUUAAAAGUGCUAUUCAGCUGCAAGAUCUGUUAGAUGCCACACGGAUGCUGGUGCCUCGCACUAGACCAGAUCGAGAAAGUGAUAGCGAGGCUGAAGAUGUUGAGCAUGCUGAAAAGCUUCGUCAAGUUAAAGCAGUCCUUGAGGAGGGAGGGCAUUUCUCUGGCAUAUACAGGAAGGUCCAACUAAAGCCACUAAAGUGGGUUAAAGUGUCAAAGAGUGACGGAGAAGUUGAAGAACGACCAGUUGAAGCUCUUAUGAUUCUUAAAUAUGGUGGUGUUCUUACACAUGCUGGCAGAAAGCAGGCUGAAGAACUAGGAAGAUAUUUCCGGAAUAAAAUAUAUCCAGGAGAAGGUACAGGACUGCUUCGCCUCCACAGUACAUACCGUCAUGAUCUCAAGAUAUACAGCUCUGAUGAGGGUCGUGUGCAGAUGUCUGCAGCUGCUUUUGCUAAAGGUCUUCUUGACCUAGAGGGGCCACUAACGCCAAUCCUGGUUUCUCUUGUUAGCAAGGACUCCUCCAUGUUGGAUGGGCUUGAAAACGCCAGUAUUGAAAUGAAAGAAGCCAAGGCUUGGUUGAAUGAAACUAUUACCUCUAGCUCAAAGACAGUAGAUAAUGGAUCACCUGAAUUUCCUUGGAUGGUUGAUGGAGUUGGAUUGCCACCCAAUGCAUCAGAAUUACUUCCUGAGUUGGUAAAAUUGACUAAGAAAGUUACUGAACAAGUAAGACUCCUUGCAAAGGAUGAAGAUGAGAAACUUACAGAAGAAAGCUUAUAUGAUGUAAUUCCUCCUUAUGACCAAGCAAAAGCACUUGGCAAGACAAAUAUUGACAUUGACCGUAUAGCUGCUGGAUUACCUUGCGGUAGUGAGGGAUUUCUAUUGAUGUAUGCUCGUUGGAAAAAGCUUGAAACAGACUUGUACAAUGAACGCAAGGAACGCUUUGAUAUCACCCAAAUUCCUGAUGUUUAUGAUUCAUGCAAAUAUGAUCUCUUGCACAAUGCACAUCUUAAUCUAGAAGGACUGGAUGAGCUUUUCAAAGUUGCUCAGAUGCUUGCUGAUGGUGUAAUUCCAAAUGAAUAUGGAAUUAAUCCAAAACAGAAGCUGAAGAUCGGCUCAAAGAUUGCUCGUCGGUUAUUGGGAAAACUUUUAAUUGAUCUGAGGAAUACUAAAGAGGAAGCCAUUAGUGUUGCUGAGCUAAAGAAUAAUCAUGACCAUCAUUCAUUGUCUGUAAAAGUUGAGAAGGACGAUGCAGAGGCCAAGUCAAAACUUUUUCAUAAGAAUAAUGAAAUACGAAAAUGUAACACUAUGAGUGAUAUACCAAUAGAUCAAGAUGAUGAUGAUGAUAAAGAGACCAAAUAUCGUUUAGAUCCAAAGUAUGCAAAUGUGAAGACACCUGAGCGCCACGUGCGGACACGCCUAUACUUCACAUCAGAAUCACAUAUUCAUUCUCUCAUGAAUGUUCUUCGUUAUUGUAAUUUGGAUGAAUCUCUUCAAGGAGAGGAGUCUCUUGUUUGCCAUAAUGCUCUAGAGCGACUGUGUAAAAUAAAGGAGCUGGACUACAUGAGUUACAUUAUGCUGAGGAUGUUUGAGAACACAGAGGUGGCUUUAGAAGAUCCUAGAAGGUACCGCAUAGAAAUGACCUACAGCCGAGGUGCUGAUUUAUCGCCCCUGGAGAAGAAUGAUGGUGAAACUACUUCGUUGCAUCAGGAGCACACACUGCCUAUUAUGGGUCCAGAGAGGCUACAAAAAAUAGGAUCAUAUCUCACAUUAGAAACUAUGGAGAAGAUGAUUCGCCCAUUUGCUAUGCCUGCAGAAGACUUUCCGCCAGCAACACCUGCAGGGUUUUCUGGCUAUUUCUCAAAAAGCGUGCUUGAGCGUCUGGUAAAUCUUUGGCCUUUCCAUAAGUAAGCCAGUUCUGAUGGAAAAUA